AUGGAAGAAGAGAAGAGUAAAGAGGAGUUAGAAGAUUGGAAAGUAUACGAAAUGUUACGAAGCAAAACUCCAAUCGAGAUGGAAGCAGACGUUGGCAAUGAUGUGGUGACAACUUUGAGAAGUGAUUUAGCUGGAUUGCAAUAUAAAAGAGACAAAUUGAUUUCUGAAAACAGCGACUUAAAAAACCAAAUGUUGUCCAGAGAUCAAAGAAUUUUAGAACAGCAGGUUGAAAUUGAUCAUCUUCGCGAACAAAAUGCACGGCAAAAUGCUAUUAUAUCAUCUCUCAAAAAGAAGAUUCAAGAUCUCGAAGAGUUUCAACGUAAUUUACAAGCUUCGCAAGGUAGAAGCGAACUAACUGUACAGACUCUACAAAGAGAUAACCGUUAUUGUGAAGAGAAAAUUAAAGACUUGGAAAAGAAAUUAAGGUCUCUAGAAUUAGAGUGUAACAAUGAAGAGCAGCAGAAAGAAAAUGCUCGCUGUCAAUUUCACGAUCUUGUUAGAAGACUAUCAGUUGCAUUGGACGCAGAUUUCUGUGAUACCGCACAUACACAUUCGCCUGAAAGUCUUAUAAUCAAAGCGGCUGAACUCGUACAGGAAAUAACUAGACUGAAAAAUAAAUGUAUGAACACUACAGAAAACUUGUCGACAAUUGAGCAAGAUCUCAGAAGUUGCAGAGAUUGUUUGGAAAGAGCCAAUUCUGACAAAGAUAUUCUACAAAGACAGCUUUCAUCCCAGCUCCUCGAUAUUGAAAGACUGAAGCAAGAAAAAGAAUCUCUCAGUGUUUCUAACCGAGUUAUGGAAAGAGAACUGCACGAAGCCAGGGAAAAACUAUCACAUUGCUCGAAAAACUUAAAUGUUGUUACUGAUAACGUUAAUCAAAAUGAAUCGUUGAUUAUUCAACUGAAAGAGGAUUUAAGACAUCGGGAUGAAAAAUAUCAGAGAUUGCAGGCAGAAUUCCGUAACACCAUGGAAUCGAUUGCUAUAUUACUCAGCCUGCCUACACGUUUUGUGGAAGCUCAUGAAAGUACUAUCAAGGACCGCAUAAGAGAAAUUUUAAGUGAAAAUAAGGACAAAUCCUUGCAAUUGGAAGCCUUGCGAGAGAAGCUAGGAAUGGAAUCCCAACAACUGGGAAGGACAGCGCAUCUACAUGAUCAAGCUACAAUUCGUGUACGAAUUCUUGAAGACGAAAGGAACAUGCUGGAAGGAAAAGUUCAUAAAUUGGAGUCAGAGUUGAACUCUAUGGAGAUAUCACGAGAUAAUCUACGAAAAGAUAAGGCUAACUUCGUAGCAUUCCUCGAACGUCUGAGCCGCACCCUUAAUAUGGAUGAGUUGACACAAGACAUCGGAAUAGAGCUCCACACCGACUCUAUAAUACACCGAGCGGAGCAACUCGCGAGACUCGAGAGCGAUAAAAUUGUUGACAAGCUGCUAUAUUACGGAUAUUAUGGGACCCUCCCGCGACUGCGAAGGGAACGGUCUUUCCAUGAUUUGCCUUAUCUCAAAGAAACCGCUGUUGUAUACCAGCUGCAACGACGUAUACGCAUACUGAGAGAACAACUGCAAAGAAAAGACUUGCAUUUAGAUUUGCUUCGACGAAAAUUAAGCGUUCAGGACGAAAGUUCCCGAGUUCGGGCUGUGCUUCAAGCGGAACGCGACGAAGCUGUCAACCGCAGCAAGAAAUUGGCGAGGCAGUGUGACAAGCUGAGUGUGCAGUUGAGCGAAGCGCGUGCUCAGGUUCGCGAUCUCAAUGCUCAACUCGCGGAUGCCGCCGAAUAUAAGAUAACGUCACUUGAACGGGCACGCAAAAUUGAAGAGCUGCAAAAGAAAUUAGACGAAGCAGAUUUACUUCGUGCACGCUACAAUCGUAAAGUGAACGUCCUGAAGGACCAAGUAAGAGCCACCGGUGAGACCUUCGAGCAAGAGAGAACUACCACAGACCAUCAGAUGACAAUGCUUAGAGAUGACCUCGCCAGGACAAAAGAAGCUCUCGCUGAGUGCCAGAGAAGAGAAGCCCAACUGCUGAGCUUUAGGAGCUCGAUCGCUAAGCUCCUAGGGAUACUGGUGCCGUCGUCGGUCUCGGACUUCGAGAUGGUAUCGAGACUACAAAAACUGAUUGAUGCGCAUCACGACUUCACGGUUGUUUCGCGGCGAUACGACGAUCCCACACUGUUGCGUGCUUCGUCCAGGUCUCCACCACCUUCCAGAUGCAGAACUCGGACACCCGAUCGGUCCCUACGCUAUGACGAUUCCGGAUAUGCGGAUCCGGCGUUCGACCUCGAAGACGAUCUGUACAAGGGGCGUGCGGCAUUGUGA